AAAUUGAUUCCUAUGACCUUCGCAUCAGGGUGGUUGUUGUGGUCGUGUUCUGCUUCCGCUUCGCCUGGCGCCUCCUAAAUUUUCCUCUGCAAUGGCUCAGAGCAGUGCUGGAAGCUCUAGUAGCAAAAUAGCUGACUUUAAGGCUCGCUUAGCAAAGCUGCACACAAAGAGGAAUGAGGCUGCAGCUCUGAACCACAAAGAAGUUGUUGAAGAAGAUCGUCAGAAACAGAUGCCCAAAAACUAUGCAAAGAAGAGAGAACGGUUAGAAGCAGAAUUUGAAGAGGAACAGCGUAGAGAAGCUGUUAUGGCACAGGUAAAGAAUACUGACCUUUUUUCUGAUUUUUUAAUUGUUGGUCAUUGA